CCGGUAUGAGGGUCGUUAUGAAGUAGGCGGUUACAGUAAGGACAGCGCUGUACUGUACUGUAAAAUGGACGUAAACGUCAGGAGAGUCGUCAUAGCUACGUAAGAGCUCGAGACAGCAAGCUGUAUUCCGACGGGAGAAAAUAUUCCUAGGGUGCGCGUGUAGCUGGAAAAACGGUUGUCUUGCCUAAAACGACAUGAUUGAAAGAUGCCAUAAUUUGGGAGACUUUUUAACCGAUUUUAAUCGCCGGGCUUUUCGGAGAAGCUUGUUAAUAAAUUCGUUCUUUGGAUGAUCCGUGGAUUUUGGCUCGAGAGUAUAACGGUGUUAACGGGACGCCUUUGGCUUCACUGCACGCGCACCGCGAGGUGGUCCGUUAGAGGCUUCUCUCCCUGCACCCCUCUCUCCGCCCGUGCCCCGUGCCGCUGAGCGUGCGCGCGCGUGCGAUGUUGCCGUAUUUGCGCAGAGUUCUGCGGCCGGCUCUCGCGCUCCGCUCGCUCGUGCCCGUUUCUAACCUGGGUACGCACGCGCGCAAUGAGCCCGUGGAGCCGCUAAACUCGCCGCAGGGCGCGAGAGACUUCAUCUACGGCCUCCAUCCUUCUGAGCGCUCGUGCCUUCUGCGGGAACUGCACCGGUUCGAGUCCAUAGCCAUUGCACAGGAACAAAUGGAGAUGGCGCCGCCGACCACCGCUCAGCUGAGAUACGUUCUAUUCCACAACGCCAUUCCCUUCAUCGGCUUCGGCUUCCUGGACAACGCCAUCAUGAUCGUUGCAGGCACUCAGAUCGAGUUGUCUAUAGGAGUGAUCCUGGGCAUCUCCACCAUGGCAGCUGCUGCUCUCGGGAACCUGGUGUCUGAUCUGGCUGGACUCGGUCUUGCAGGUUAUGUGGAAGCUCUGGCCUAUCGUCUCGGCAUGCAGAUUCCAGAUCUGAGUCCUAAACAAGUCGACAUGUGGCAGACUCGAGUCAGCUCUCACAUGGGCAAAGCCAUCGGAGUGGGAAUCGGCUGCAUCCUGGGAAUGUUUCCUCUCCUUUUCUUCAAAGACGACGAGCAAAAGAAGGCUGAAGGGGCUAAGGACCCCCCUCCCCCUCAUGACUCCGCCUCCAAAAGCGCAUGAUGGAAAACAGAGCUCUCCGAUGCCCUGUAAAUGACACCGACGAAUCAAACCUGGAGCCAAGCUACAGACAGCAGCAGAUUUUCAUCGACAUGUAUGCGCAUGGUUUUCUUUCACAGCGUCAUUGUGCUGAAAUGUUUCAUUCAUCCAGUCAAGUUCCUGAGAAACGAGAGCAUGAAGAGAACCUUCAACCAUUCCAGCUGCUUUUAUUUUUUUUGGUUCAGUUUAGUUGUUUUAUUUUUGUGUGUGUUUAUAGAAAUCCAUCAACAAUCCUGACUUUGUGAUCCUUUUUCAGUGUGUUAAAAUAAGCUACAGCGCUAAUUUGGCUAAUGAGCGUUUCAGAAGUUAACAUGAGUGCUUUUUUAUUUUUUAUUUUCUCGCCAAUUCAAAGAAAUUCUCACUGAGCACAAAGGCUGAAAAUUUAUCAGAUGACUGUUGUGGUCAUGUCCAAGACGUCAGACAUAAAUCCGACCAAAGAAAAAAGUUUAUUCAACUCUAAGACGACGUGAAACACAACCCGUGACAAAAGUUUUUUUUCUUCAUUAGCGUGAGGUUUGGGACUGGGAGAGGGGAAAGACGUAAAGUUCUUAGUUAUUUAUUUCCAUUUUUCCGUAUUUGCACGUUGCAUGAUGAUGUGAUCCAGAAAGCAGGAAAAUAUUUAAAAGCCAGAGUUUUGUAAAGUGUAUUGUGUUUUGAUGGAAUUUUGAGGGAAAAUAGAAACUUUUGUAUUUAAUGCGACUAACAAGAUUUAACACUUGAGGAUUUAAACGCUGAAAGUUUUAGUUUUUCUUUUAUUUAUUUAUUUAUUUUCUUUAUUUUAAUAACAGCAUUAAGGGUUUACAAUAUUAUUAUUGAAAUAUUUAAACUGAAAUCACAGAUUUCAUAAGAUCACUCUACCCCUCGAUUGAAGUAUUUAACAUGGAAACGUGUGACUUUUUAGCCGCUUCCUCCAGCUGACAUCAUUAAAACAGAAAUGUUUUGGCCGUGUGAUGGAUCAAAAUCAUCUCAGCUUCUAUUAAACUGUGAAGAAUUUCAUUUCUGCUCACAUUCUGAGGGAUUGAAGUGAAGCUGAAUCCUUCAAUAAAAUUGAGGACGUUUUCCUCCUAUAAAUACUGGAUCACAUGAAGUCUAUCUACUGAAUCAGGACUUUAUUGACUCAUCAUCAUCAUCAUCAUCAUCAUCAUCAUCAUCAUCAUCAUCAUCAUCAUCACUUCAAUUUAAAAAAAACUCUUAAGCAUCUCUGUGCAUCCUGAACACUGGAACACGGGACUGUAUAAGUUCUGAUGGUGUUUGUCUGAGUGUUUUAUUUUUGAAUCAGGUUCAGAGUCUGAAAUGAUUUUGUCCGAGCCUCUAGAGGGCAGCGAUGACGGAAUGAAGGAAAGGUGCAGAAUGUGAGAAUCUGAACAAACGCCACGUAUCUUUCUGUUAACGCACAAUAGCACACACGCGCACACACACACACACACACACACACUGGUUAAACUAGCACGUAUGUUCCAGGGUCAAAAUGAAUGGAGUUCAUAGAAAUGUGAUCAUUUUGAUUUAGAAUUUGAUAUAAAAUUUUAUUUUGAACAGUAUGAUACUUUAGCAGCUUCACCUUCAUUCAGACUAAUGUUAAUAUAACUAACAUUAACAUCGUGACCUCAGCUAGUUACAUUUUCUAUUAAACUAUAAGGUUAUUUAACUGUGUAAAUUAAAUCGGUAGCAAAGUUUCUCAGUAAGCUAACUAAUAGUCAGCUAAGUAUUACUACUGUAAUACUAAGUAAAAAGGGGCUGUGGAUAAAAAAAAAUUCAGAAAUACUGAAUUUUAAAAUGCAUACAAGGCAUGCUAAAUGAACUGACUAGCAACGUUAGCCUCAGCUAAAUAUUAGCUACCUGUUCAGAUUGUUUUGUGUGCCUAAUCCUCUCUAAUCCUCACUCAUGCUAACAUUACACUAUUACACUAAGACUGUUACAAUCCAGCCUGUGAUUGGCAGAUCAAAAUCAAUUUAAGCCCCACCCUAGUUAACCUAGCAGGAUCAGGGUAUCUUUAUGCACACUACAUCUCACAUCGACUACGUUCACACUUGAUAUCUACAGCAUAGUCACUUGAUAUCCACUACAUAGACACUUGGCAGACUUCUGUGUUAUCAUUAGCCUUAAUGCAGAGGCCACAACAGCGUCAGUAUAAUAAACAUGGUAUUAGCAUGUUAGCAUGUUAACACACUCCUGACCUUAUUUUAGUUCCGUUGCUACAUCACAACUACGAGCUACACAACUUCACUGAAGGCUAAAAGUCCAGCUGUAGCUAAAAUCGUAAAGGGUUUAAUGACCUUUUCCAGUAUGUAGCUUAAAAAGCUUGAUUUAAUCUCAAAAUGGCUAAAAAAUAUUCAGCUAACCUUUUUAACUCACAAAUCAAAAUCAGACCACAAGCUCAUUAGCAAACUUGUCAAUAUUAGGCUAACUAGUUCACUGUCUUCUUUUCACUGUGAAGCUAGCAUAAAUGAUGCUAAUUAUUCAAAUUUCUUGAAACCCUUAAAUAAAAAAAUCAAAUAAACAAACAGGAGUAAAUAAUUUCAAUGGAUUGAGCAUGUUAUUAUUUAAGUGUGGCUCUUUAAGUAAACAUUAUGGCCAUGGUUCUGAGGUAAGGGAACUAAAAUGAUCAUCAGCAGCUUUGUUUCUGGACGUUUCUCACAUUUAUCUCUCGCACUGCAGAAAGUUUGCACACUCUUGAAUCUGCAUGUUAGUUUAUUUCUCUCUUUUAUUUUGAAUGAUUUGUUCAUGUAUUGUUCAUGUUUUUGUAUUCAUUGUAAUGAAGAUUUAAAGGGAUCAAAACUGCUCGGAGUCGUGAUGUGAUGUCAGCUGGCAUAACCAUGGCAACAGCACGUCUCUCCUUAAGAGACGAAUGAAGGAAAAGUGGAUCACACUGAACUCUGUGAUGUGACAUGGCACUCGGGAGCAAAGGAGGAAGCACAAGUCUGUGUGUGUGUGUGUGUGUGUGUGCGUUUGUGUGUGUUGAUUAGAGAUUUAGACUUAUAGUCAGAGUUUAUUAGCUUGUAGUGACUAUGCAUUAAAGGUGAAAAACACCACAGAAUGUUUUUAUACAUGCAUGCUGAGUUAUUUAUUAAACUUCUGAAUGAAGAUGGAAA